CAUUUUUGCAAUAUUACUAUAUUCAUAUUCAUUUAAAAAUGCUGAUAAUAGGUACUUUAAAAUAUACCUGGGCACUGUGGGAUUUCCAUUUUCACACACCGUGGUAUUUGCAUGGUACUUCAAUGAACUUUAAUGAAUGCUAUGGUAAUACCAUGGUGUAGUGAUUGUGUCAGAUGGUUUCCAUGGUAGUUUGCUAUAUAGUAUGAUACAGAACGAUUAUAUUCAUGUAUGGCUGUAUUUACAUGGUACUCCAAGGAACUUGCCAACCUAGACAGCAUUUUUGGGUAUCCAAUGCAUACCAAAUCAGCUUGAUGCCCAUGAUGAUGCCCAAACAUUUUGCUGUAUGAUUGCCUAAUUAAUGUACCAUGGUAUUUACAUGGUACUCCAAGAAACUACAAAGAGUACUAUGGUAAUACCAUGGUAUGGUGUCAGAUAGUAUUACCCUGGUAUUUUGGUACAGUAUAUACUAGGGUACUGAAUCAUGAUAGCAUGGUAUUUACAUGGUACUCCAAGGAACUUGCCAACCUAGACAGAAUAUUUGGGUAUUCGGUGCUUACCAAAUCAGCUUUAUGCCCAUGAUGAUUCCCCAAAAUGCUGCUCUAUGAUUGCCUAUUCAUUUACCAUGGUAUUUACAUGGUACUUCAAGAAACUACAAAGAGUACUAUGGUAAUACCAUGGUAUGGUGACAGAUGGUAUUACCAUGGUAUUUUGGUAUAUACUGUGCAGGGGCACAACUACCCAUUUCCGAGCGGGUAUGCGAAACAAAAUUUUGUGCCCCAUGUAUUUGUUGGGGGGUGAUGUUGGAGGGGUCAAGGAGGCCGAUUGUGCCCCCUUUAGUGAGCUGUUGGCGCCACCCUUUACAUGGCACCCCUAUACGUUGCAUACCUUGCAUAUAUGGUUUUUGUGUCUCUGAUACUGUGGUAAUGAAUGAUUAUAUUCAUAUACUGUGGUAUUUAAAUGGCUCUUCAAGGAACUUGCCUACCCAGACAGCAUUUUUGGGUAUCCUGUGCAUACUAAAUCAGCUUGAUGCCCAUGAUGAUGCCCAAAAACGCUGCUGUAUGAUGCCAUAUUCAUAUGCCAUGGUAUUUACAUGGUACUCCAAGAAACUGAAAAGAAUACUAUGGUAAUUAUAUAGUGAUGGUGUCAGAUGGUAUUACUGUGGUAUUUUGGUACAUGCUAUGGUUGAUUCUGAAUGAUUAUCAUUUAUAUACCGUGGUAUUUACAUGGUACUUCAAGGUGCUUCAUAGAAGAAUAUCAUGGUGCUACCUUGUCCACAAAACAAUCGCAGUAGCAUGAUGCUCUCUUAUCAGUAUGUUCUUUGACAGAUUAUUGUGGUACUGUAAAAUUGAUCUCGUAGAGCCAUUUGGACCCUUUUAAGAGCCUGUUUACAUUAUUAAGCAGAAAUGUCCCAAUAAAAAUCCCAGCUAAUUGUGAUAGUGGGGCCAUUACAGUCUGAAACGGUGUGGUUGAGGGGUGUAAUCUGAUCAGGACUGAAUAUUCACUGUCUCCGUCUUUACUGAGCGCUGACCGAUGCUUAUGAGUGAAAAUCUGCUGAUGUUAGACUCCAGAGAGAGCAAAUGCGUGCAUGAUUGAAGUUGUGGCGAACAGGAGAGUUUUUUGUCUUUAAGGCAUUCUGUGAAAAUGCUGAGACGAUGGAAACACUGCCUCGCACUUGACAGAUGGCGUUUGCGCUGUUUUUGGUGAUCUUUCUGCUCGGUGAAAGACUGUAAUGCGAUGGUGCGAUGUCACAAACGACUGUAGACGUGCCUCCCCGAGGUUACUCUUAAAUAAAGAUGUAAAAUGGUGCUGUUUGAACAUUGUAAAGAACAAGAGCUGAAUGCUGUUCUUGCAACUUUUCAAAAUGCAACACUUGCAUCACCAAAAGAAAUGUGAUCGUUUGCAUUUACAGUAAGUGUUUUGCAACAGAUUGCAGUUUCUUUGCUUCCUCUUUUUUUUUUUUUUUUAAUAACAGGUAGUUUUUUUCCUUUUUGUCUCUCUUCCCCCAGAAGAAUAUUCUUCCUCUGCUUCAAGACGCAUGGCAGAUGCAUUAGUGAUCGCAACAGAUACACGUUGCGUGUGUGUACUUUGUGCUGAAUUGUCAUAAAAAUAAUGUAAUAAUCUAGUUUUCUGUAUGCAAAAUUGCUUUUGUGGAAAAGGACCCUCGCAUGUUCUCGAUGGGUGGGGUUUCACCCCAUUCAUCUAUCUCAGCAGGAAGUAAAUCACAGCUGUUUUUGAAUUUGUCCUAUUUUGUCCAAACAUCCUUAAUUGAUGAACGCGAAUACAGGAAGUUGUCAGCGUGGGUGAUGAGUGUUUUUUUUCUCUGCUGGAGGACAGGUGUCCUUCAGAAAAGCCGUCUCUUUCUCUAUUCUUCUGUUUAAUAAAUAUAGACAGUCUCUCUCAGGCGUAUGAGGACAAAUGAACAUUGUUCAGUAUUCAGUAGCUGGUUUAAAAGCGCUGGAGAUGAGCUUGAGAUUUAUUACCUUAUGUGAGGGAAUCGCUGAGCUGUAUACACACACGUCCUCACAAAUGGACGCUCAAAUAUUAUAUGUCUUUUUAACGCUGGGUAAUGAAGCUCUGCUCCAAAGCACUGGUUCUAACCCUGAAUUGUGGUGCGAAAAGUUUACAUAUUUAUUGUUAAAUUGCAUAAUUUGUACUAUUUACACUGAUUUGUUGAACACAUGCUAAAACCAGCACUGUCUCUUUAACAAAAAACGGCAUUUCUGUAAACAGCGCCGUUAAAUGAGCGCAUGUUAACGAGAGAGGACCUGAAUGGCUUUACAUCAUCUGUGUGAAAUUUGGUUGCAAAUGCGAGUGAUUUCCUUUCAUUGUAGUGCAGGGUUGCACUUUGAGUGAAAGAUCGAUCUUGGGAUUUAAGAAUCGAAAUCGUGAUCAUUCAAAUAAAGAUAGCGAUUAAUUGGAAAAACAAUAUUUUUACCCACCCAUACCAUUGACUACUAAAAAAGUAUUGCAAAGCAGUCAUAGUGCGCAUAUGCCGAAUGUGUCCGUAUGAGCUCGUGGUAUGUAGACUUAAAUAGGCUUCAUUCAGACUGCCAAAAUUUAAAAAAGACAUGCGUGUUGGGUCUGGGUAGCUCAGCGAGCACUGACGCUGAAUACCACCCCUGGAGUCGUGAGUUUGAAUCCAGGGUGUGCUGAGUGACUCCAGCCAGGUCUCCUAAGCAACCAAAUUGGCCCGGUUGCUAGGGAGUGUAGAGUCACAUGGGGUAACCUCCUCGUGGUCGUGAUUAGUGGUUCUCACGCUCAAUGGGGCGUGUGGUAAGUUGUGCAUGGAUCGUGGAGAGUAGCAUGAGCCUCCACAUGCUGUGAGUCUCCGCGGUGUCAUGCACAACGAGUCACGUGAUAAGAUGCACGGAUUGACAGUCUCAGAAGCGGAGGCGACUGAGACUUGUCCUCCACCACCCGGAUUGAGGUGAGUAACCGCACCACCAUGAGGACCUACUAAGUAGUGGGAAUUGGGCAUUCCAAAUUGGGAUAAAAAAAUUAAAAAAAGACAUGUUUGUUACUGAAAAUACAUUGUGUAGGCCAAGGGACUUCAACAGGAGGUCCGCGGUGGUGCCGCAGGGGAUCUGCAAAUUAUUGUUUGAUCUUCCACCGGCACUCGUAAUAAUCACUUGCACGCGAUUGAGAGACAGUACCACCGCUCCCUAUAUGCAUAUUUCGCAGUCUGCGUAUGGCACCAACUCCUUAUGGGGCACCAGAAACUUUACCGGCUGCCCUUACUCGCACGUUAUACGUUAUUCAAGGACCCGGUAUUAGUCGCUGAACACAAUCACCUCGCGCUCGCACUUGAUCCUCGUGCUCGCACGUCCCAGGCGAGAGAGGAGUAUGUAUUUGGGUCCAUCCACUUUCUGAAGCCCCUCGAACCUGCAUGCCAAAUCUUCCUCUUUUAGUAAUCCUUCCUCAUAUUCGUGCAUCCUGUUUUAUUUUGAUAUGAACUAAAUGUAACGGUGAACAUUGUUAAAGUUUGACGAAAUUAGCCCAUCGCCUAUGCUCAUUAUGAGCCGCUCAUAACACAAUGCAUAUCAUGUUAAGCAGCGUUGCAGUAGAGGGUUGCGUAAGUAAACGUGUCUGCUAUGCAUUUUUCACGGUGUGCGAAUGUCAGCCUACAGUUUCUUGUAUUAUUAGUUGCUUUUUGCUUUCAGAACUAUCAGCCUAUACUUAAUAUACAGUAUAGACCUAUGUAUAUGUAAUAUGUCUAAAUAUAUAGUUACAGCUGAGAUUAUCAAGCUGCCUUAGGCUACACUGACGGUGACUGUCAAAUCAACAUAAUUAAAGGUGCACACAGUCAUUUUGUCAUCAUUACAACGUUUUCCUCCUACAGAAAUUAACUGUAAUUUUGAAACGUAUGUAUAAAUUCGAUCACUAACAUGAGAUGAAGACUCCAGGUAUAGGCCUAUCAGUAACCGUAUAAAAGUUUUUUUUAUUCUGCAUGGACAGUCUUUCUGUUUGUCUGUCUGUUUAUCUCUAUUUUUCUUCUUCUUUUUUUUGUAGGGGGUGUGGCACAGUGAUUAAAAAGGAAAAUUAAAAAUAGCACUUAAUGUCAAAAAGGUUGCAGACCUCUGAUAUAUUUAAUUUAAUAAUUAUUUUAAUGGCUUUGCAAAGUAAAAUCAUAAAAUAUGUACAUAAAAUAAUAUGAUACCAUACGUGUUUUUAUAGGCAUAAAAUGCAACACUCAAUUUUCAGACAAUAUGCAAUGGGGGUCCCUGCUCCGUCUCUGUACAUACUAAGGGGUCCUUGGCCUGAAAAUGGUUGAAGACCCCUGGUGUAGGCUAUAUGAAAGAUUCAUAUACACAGUGUACCUUCUAGCCAAGGCUGAAGUAAAUAAUAAUGAAGUAAACAAAGUUUGGUAAUGAUUUUGGGUCAAAUUUAAUGGAGAACUAUGUGACUGGCACUCUGUGGUGCAACAGAAUUUUGAGCAGCCUCUGGAGUCGUAGUUGGGCGCCACUGAUGGAAUUGUAUUUAUUUUUUCAUUUGGCUAUUGAGAAAAAAAAAAAGAAAAACUCUUUGAUAUGACUCACCCAAACGUCCUGUUUCAAUCGCAAAUGCACAGGACUCGUCAAGAUAUUUCGUGAAAAAUUUCAAGAAAUGAAGAGCCCAACAGAGCUGCAACAGUAGUUUGAUGUUUUUGAGAAAAUGACACUCGUGCUUAGCGUAUGAAUAUCCACACGCACACGCAGUGGUGUUCUGCUGUGUGUAUGUGGGCGGAUCAGGGUUCGAGUGGCAGGUUGAUGAAACUUCAGGAAAGACGUUGAGUGCUCUGAGUGUGUUCAGUGACAGGUGCAAUAGAGUAAACACACUCAUGCUGAUCAUUAACCCACUUUGUGUGUGUGUGUGUGUAUUCAUACUUAUGCAGUCAUGUACAGAGUGUUUCAAUGUGUGUGUCUGGAAUGGAAUACUAGCUUACUACAUACUGAAUUCUGUGCACAAUACACUGUAUACCGCCUACCUUGAUUUUAAAUAUUGGUAUGUUUAACUAUUUAAAUAUCUAUGUGAAACUGAACGUAUUAUACAGUGAUACAUUUUUCAUAAACUAGUAUGCUACAUUACAGCAUGUAUACUGCACAUUUUGGCAAAUGUUGUAGGUCAUCUACAUUUCUUUUAGGGAUAGGUGUGGUCUAUAGCGAUUGUAAUUAAGUGUAUAUUAAUUGUCCUCAUUUCCAUAGUUAAUGUGUAUGUGUGUGUGUGUGGUGUCAGAUGAAGGUUAUUUAAGGUGUGGUUUUUACACUGUAGUGAUGCUUAAUGACGUUCCAAAUGACAGAAAAUAUAAAGUUUUCUUAGGGUGAAAGUGAAAAAAGAGAAUGAUGAAACAAGGUAUGGAGGAAGUGUGUGUGUGUGUGUGUGUGUUUGGGGGUGGAGGGGAUCAAUAGAGUCUAUUUUUGUUUUCACGUCCUCUGAGCAAAUGAUGAAAUAGGCUGUAAGACACUCAAGUAUAAUACCGCACACACCUGCUCGCUCUAUCUCGGAACAGUGGCAUAGUUUUAAAAAGAUACCACGGGACUAAAGUCCUCUGCUCACAUCAGGAAAUAUGACUGCAAUCUGUACUAUUAAUGUAUAUGAGCAGAAAAAGGACAAAAAAUUGAUUUUUACAUUUUAGGAAUGUUGUAAAUGUGAGUGGUGUUUACCUGUGCAAAACUCACUCAGUGCUAGGGUGCCGGGAAGUUGCUAAGAGGUUGAUAGGGUGUUCUGGGUGGUUGCCGGGAUGUUGCUAUGAGGGUGUUCUGGGUAGGGAUGCACCGAUCCGAUACCUGGAUCGGUAGCGGCUCCAAAACUGAAGCUUUUAAAAGGAUCGGGUAUCGGUCUGACGAGCCCGAUCCAAAUCCGAUACUGUGUGUCAUGUUUGUUACUGUCAAGCUCAAAAAAUGACAUAAAAGAACCAUUAAAACACCAUUAAAAUAGUUCAUAUGACUCGUGCAUUUUAUUCAAAGCCACUUGAAGAUGUGUGAUAGCUCUGUGAAUCACAAAAGGCUGUGUUUAAUAAGUAAAUAUAUAGUAUGCACAGCACCAGCGCGUUAGUGAAUGCUGCUGCUCUGUUGACACAAACCCGCGCACAGGCUGCUGAUGCACUCAUGGAUAUUUUAGCCUUCACAGCGGUGCGCAAUAUUUGAGCGCUACUCACGAACAGCAUCUCAGAUGUAGAUGCUCAAUAGUUCGGUUCGCUUAUAAUAUGCAUUUAGAACGGCACCGGAGGUGCAUUUUACCAGAAUUUGAAUAAGAAGUGAAUUAAACUACUGUGAACUUGCCUACAAACAGACACAUACUGGACUUCCUGAAGAGUUCAGAAUGUCAAAAUAAAAGCCAGAGGGUUUUAAAAGUGCACGAUUUAAAUAUAUUACUGUUGUAUUUUAAAAUUUAAAGUCAAUAAUAAUAAUAAUAAUAAUAAUAAUAUUAAUAACAAUUUAUUAUUAUUAUUAUAUCAUCAUUAGUAUUUGUUUACAAUUUAUAACAAUAUUUCAGUUGAAUGGGUUACAAAAAAUAACUGUGAAUGAUAAGUGAGAUAGUUAAUAAUAAAGUGUUUCUUAAUAAGCUAUACAUUUAUAUUGAAAUAAUGUGCAGUUAGAGGUUUGUGUUUCUUUACAUAUUAAAGAGUACUCCCAAUUAUUUCCACACAAUAAUGGAAAGAUAUUCUAAACUGAUUAUGCAAAAAAACAACACUGGUAUCAGCUUGGGAUCAGCAGAUACUGAGAUUUCUGAUUUCGGAAUUGGAUCGGAAGAGGAAAAUGGUAUCGGCACAUCCCUAGUUCUGGGUGGGUGCCGGGACAUCACUAUGAGGUUGCUAGAGUAUUCUGGGUGGUUGCCGGGAUGUUGCUAUGAGGGUGUUCUGGGUGGGUGCCGGGAUGUCGCUAUGAGGUUACUAGGGUGUUCUGGGUGGUUGCCGGGAUGUUGCUAUGAGGUUGCUAGGGUGUUCUGGGUGGUUGCCGGGACGUUGCUAUGUGGUUGCUAUGGUGUUCUGGGUGGUUGCUUAUUGGCUCAAGUCAAAAGAGUCUACCUAUGAUAUUCCGUUCUCUAAAUUUGACUCUGAUUUUGAUUCUGAUUUUUUUCACCUGUUUUAUGUUCCUGCACCAGGUGAAAAUGUCUCCAGAAGUGGGACGUUUAUUUUGAUAAUCGACUAUUCAGAUCUGUGUGGUUUGUCUGCGGUUCCUCGUGGCAUGACGACCACUAACAAAGGAAACAAGGCCUUGAAGGUGAAGAGGGAGCCCGGUGAGAAUGGGACGAGUCUUACAGACGAUGAGCUGGUGUCCAUGUCGGUCCGUGAACUCAACCAGCAUCUGCGUGGUCUGUCGAAAGAAGAGAUCCUGCAGCUAAAACAGCGCCGGCGGACGCUCAAGAACCGUGGCUACGCUGCUAGCUGCCGCGUGAAACGUGUCACCCAGAAGGAGGAGCUAGAGAGGCAGAAGGCGGAGCUACAACAAGAAGUGGAGAAACUCGCCUCGGAAAACGCCAGUAUGAAAGUCGAGCUGGACGCGUUGCGCUCCAAAUAUGAGGCUCUGCAAAGUUUCGCCAGAACUGUGGCCCGAGGGCCCGUGGUGCCCGUUUCUAAUGCGGUCGCUCCCCGCGGGCCCUUUGCGUCUGUCAUCGGGCCCCUCGUUCCCGGCAAGGUGGGAGCUACGAGUGUCAUCACAAUAGUUAAAUCUAAAACUGAUGCGAGGUCUUAGUGCCCUACAGAGGGAGCAAGAGAGAGUGUUGGUCAGUGCAUGAUGGUUUAGGCGUGGGACAGAAAUUUGUCUUGAUGUCAUUUUAGGGCGAAUAUUAGACUGAAAUAGCCGUUCAAUUUUUGCUGGUUCUGGGUUACUAAAGGAGGAAGGCACAUCUAGGACAGUUAAUACACUUGGGCUUCCAAAAUAGUCUCCAAAUUACAAACGGAAAUAUAAAUUUCAUUGCGGACGUCUGUGAUAUUGCUGUGAGAUUUUGUACAAAUAUUGGCGACAUUGUAUUGUGUGUUUUUUGUAUACAUGAGGUCCAAGUUCAGUGUUUAUGUUGUUGGAAAUAUUGUACUUUUUUUUUUUUUUUUUGCGUUUGUGUGUUCUUUAUUUUCUCUUUGGAGAUGCCUUGUUUCUGUCCUUUUGUUUACGGACUGCAGGCACACAACACUUUAUUAACGUUCAGCUCUUCCACCGUCUCCAUAUUAUGCUGUGAAACUCAAAGAGAAGGUAAAUAAAAUAGACUUUUUCCAUUAUAAUGAGAUGGAAUGUAAUAAAGAAUUGUCAGCCAAUGAGAAACUCCAUUUACCUGAGCCUGUUUAUGCACUGACCAAUCACUGAUGGGCAGGAGGAGAGGAGGCGGAGUCAAACGUGCUGAUGUUGUUCAUAUGGUAGCUAUCAGGAUCUCACACCAGUUUAUGUGCUAACUCGUCCAUUUUCAGGACAGAAAAUACUCUUUUAUUUUGAGUGAUGAGACUUUAUUGGCAAGGCAAUAACAUAUAUUUGUUACAGCUUUUUUUUGCUUUGUGGAACCUGUGAAAAUGUUCGAUUUGAUUGUGAAUUGUUUGUUUCAAACAAGAUUAUAAUGUCUGUCAUUGUCAGUAAAUCCAGAGAGAUUUUUCACUAUAUCAAUUGAUUUUUUACAUUGUUGAGUAAAAACGAGAUAAGAGAAAAAAAACUCAAGCUUCUGCUUUUGAAAGAUGGACUGUCGGGCGACAUAAACUGGUGAUAUCUCACAAGCUUUACCAUAAAUUUGUUGCUGUGACAUUGCGUAACGUAUUCUAAGAAUCUUUGUCUAUAUUGGUGGUCUUGAAUUUUAUAUUGCAAAAAAUGCAUUAUUUAUAAAAUGUUUAAAAAAUAAAUUUAAAGUUGUUUGAUAGCUCUCUUUUUUGCAAUUGUACCAAAAGUGGCUUAACUAUUGAAGUCAAUAGCUUUUUCUAGUGACUAGGCGCGUAAAACUGUGGACUAGCGCGUGUAGUGUGAUUUGUACUGGUGAGGUGGCGCUGUUGUUUACGAUGUGACUCACUUCUGAUUUCAGUCGAACGCAGACGAUGAGCGCAUGUCGUCCGUGAUCUCUGUAGUUUCCGAUUUGUUUAGCUGUUGAUAUUUUCGAUACUCUUUGAUCUUUUCCACAAGAGUUUGAAAGUUUGCUUCGGCCGCGGUUAAAUGGACGCACUCAAAGCGAAGCGUGUUUGUUGCGGAAGAAGACUUCUCAGGACAGCGUAACUACUUCAAGGGUGUCUGUUGUGCAACUGCUGCCUCAUCCUCUGCGUUUGAGUCCUUUCAUGUGAUGUGUAAUUUUUAUACAUUUUUAGUGUAAAACGUUUCUAUGGUAUAUUACAAUAUGUUUGUUUGUUUUUUCCUUCUAUUUGACUUGUUUUCUUUAAAUGCCAGGGAAGUGACUCCUGUAUCUGCACUGUUUUAAACUAAACAAACGAGCGAUGUGUCUCUGCUGUAUAACGUUUAAUUUGAUGUACGGCUGCUCUCGAUGCUGCAACACUGUUCCUAGCGGGAUGCAAAAUAUAUGUUUUCUCGCAAUGUUUUUUUUUAUUAUUAUUUAUUUAUUUUUUAUAAAAAGUCUAGCUUUUUUCCCCUUUUGUUUGGCCAAAUAAAUUUUCCAUUUAGAAAAGACACAAAAAAACUUAUAAGCAUGACCAUUAUUAUGCUGCGUUCACGUCUCGUCUGAAUGACCGUAAUUACUCUUAGAUUGGACUCGGAACGGUUGACGUCCUCAGAAAUGAUUCGUUUCUUUAUGGCAAAGCUCAAAAUGCCAGAAAUGAUCCAUGUGUGGCUUUAAUGUUGAUGACGUCACUACAUUAAUUUCACCUCUAAAUGCACCUAAAGCUACGAAAACGCAUCAGGUAAUAUUUGCUAUAAUAAAAUGACAUUAAAUUGUACAAUGUCUCAAUCGCGAUUGAAGCCAUGGCAGUUUUGGUUGUUUUUACAUCAAAUUCAGAGUUUCAAACUUGUGAUUAUGAGUUUGACAAAGAUGUGAAUGUUUUACUAUUCAGAAACUCGUUAUUACUGUAAUUCCAACAUUACGUUAACGCAGCGUUAAUGCUUUUAAAAACUUUACAGUGUCUCAUGAUCGCUAGCUAACUACCUUUAACUAUUGAAGCCACGGCAAUUUUGGUUGUUUUUACGUAAAAUUCUGUGUUUCAAACUUGAAAUUAUGAAUUUGACAAGACUUGAAUUGUUUUUAUCUACUCAAACUCAUAAUUACCGUAAUUCCAACAUGAUGUGAACGCAGCAUUAAUGGUUUUAAAAACAGUACAAUGUCUUGUGAAUGCUAUGUAAUUACCUUUAACUGUUGAAGCCACGGCAAUUUUGGUGGUUUUAACAUAGAAUUCAGAGUUUCACAUUUGUAAUUGCUCGUUUGAUGUGAGCGUUUUUUUGUUUUUUGCUACUUGGAAACUUGUAAUUAUAACCAACAACUUUUAAUGAUUUCUGUCAUACAGCUCAAGAAUUUUCUUGUUUAGCCCAAAGAUGUCUGAUUUUGAGACGAUGCCCGUAGAAAUGUACAGCACACAUUUGCUUUCUACUUCAUUUACGAUGAAAGAAUUUUCUUUGGAAGUUUUUUUCACAUUGCGCUGAUCUGGCAUUUUAAAAACAAAUUUGUUGUAGGUAUAUUUAUGACAAUUUUUUUUUUUUUUUAUUAUCGUUGUAAAUUAACUGAAAAAACGUUCUCUAACUGGCUAAUCUGUGAAAUUGUUUUGUAACAAAGUCUUUGGUCCAUCUCGCCAUUGCUUUCGUAACCAAUGGUAGUGUUCUAUUGGCUGUGGCAGUUCUGUGGCGUGUCCCACAUUCUAUACGCAAUGCAUCAAAAGGUUUAAAAGAAAAAAAAUCUAGAUCUAGCUUACUCGCAAACAAUGAUAACGUGAUUUUUGUGUUUGUGUGUCAGGUUGCACUUCUGCCCAAUAAUGGCACAACUGAUGUUCCAAACUUUUCUUCCGAAUGUUCCAAAUGUUGUCGCUAUGGUCGUCGUGGUGAUUUGGUGUAAAAAGUGACCCUAUGAACUAUAUGCAAAUCAGCUGGCAGUAGGAAAGAGUCACGACCUCUCAAUAGGAAUAUAGUUUUUGGUCAUCCGUAAAUAAUCGCUUAUGAGUGCAACAAAUUUUGUGUUGUGCAACACUUACAUACUCGCAAAAAAUUCAACCAAUUGAUGAUUGCCGUCUGAUACACACUAGAUUUACCCAAAAAGGGCUCUGCAACUGAGGACUAAACUCAAAUUUUAUAUUUUCAUUUAAUUCAGUCUUUCUGUUUUUGAAACGGUGCCAUGUCCCGAGAGGUAAAAGAAAGGGUUCUCAAUAGUAAAGUAAGACAAUCCUGAGAAUAGCCACUCUGAUAAAUGUCUUAAAAAUGUCUUAUACCUGCUUAGAAUUCUUAAAGGAAUAGUUCUGUCAUCAUUUACUCCGCCUCAUUUACAAACCCACAAGACUUUUUUCUGUCCUUUUUGAAGUGUGACAGCCCCUGGUCAUGACCAGCCUGAACAUUUGCUGAACAUCUUUUUGAAAGACAGAGGGUGGGUAAAUGAUGACAGAAUUUACAUUUCUGGGUGAACCGUUCCUUUAAGACUCAGUCCGAUAGACCCAUUGGUCAGACCAUGAUUGACAGGGGUCAAAGAGUCACACUGGUCAGUUCAAAUUUCAGUUGUAGACUUUUCAUAAGCAGAUCAAUAGCGAGCAAUCGGUCGAGCUGUGUCCGGUUCUGUUGCUGGGCAAAAUGUGCACUACCUCUGAAUUCAUGGCUUUGCCCUACUUCUCCUACAAACUCUCAGACUUCUACUUUGUCUUGACUUUUAUUCGUUCUUUUCAAGCCCCAAUGUGUUUCUGCUCUUAAAAACAAAUUUUUUGUUGCCUCGUGGGACGUGCAUUACAAUGUUUCUUUUCAAGUUGAGGAAAAAUGAGUUUGAAACCUUCAAAUACUUUCUUUCUCUGCUUUCCUGUUAAUGUUUAAAGGGUAGUUCACCCAAAAAGGAAAAUUCUGUUUAUUAUUUACUCUUUAUUUACCCUUUUCGAAGAAUCUUCAUGCAGGUCUUGACAUACAACAACAGUUCAUAGUGACCACGAUUUUAAAGAACCAAAAAGGAGAAAAAAUAUCAUCAAAUUAGUUCAUACAGUAUGAAAGCCAAAUGAUAGAUUUGUGUGGGAAACAGACCCAGGAAAUUAUUGCUGAUUCUCACAAAACAUGUCAAGAAAAUGUCCUGGUCCUUUUUUAACUCCAAAAUCAAAAGCAACAUAUGUUUUGCAUAAAAGAAAUGAAGCCCAAUUUUAGGGCCAUUAAGAUUUUUUACAUUGUGACAUUAUUAUUUUCCAUUAACCACAUUUUAUCCUCAAUAUGUAUUAACACAACGUGAAAAAGAUGGUCAUUAUUAUAUUCUCAUUACCACAACAUGACAAAAUUAUAAAUAUUUUUAAUUGAGAACUAUUUAUAUAUUAUAGUAGUAACCUUACGGAUUUUAAUAUAAUCAUGUACAACAACAACUUUUUUUGACUAUAAAACAGAAAACCAAAAAUGACUGCGUUAUGGUAAUGAGAGUCAUCAUUGAAAACAAGGGGAAAAGUAGAAAUAAAACAUCCAGACGUGUUACGGUAAUGAGAAUCUUCAUUGAGAACAAGAGGAAUAGGAAAAAUAAAAUGUCUAAAAAAAUAAAUGUUUACAUUUAUGCUUUUUUAAUGACAGAUGCACACAUUUUAUCCCCACAUUCUCAUUAAUGCAAUCUGAAAAAGAUGGUCUUUAUGAUUUAGUCAUUAUCACAAUGUGAAAAAUUAUGGAUUAUUUAAAUUGUAAAGUAUUUAUACAUCUUAGUAUUACAUUCUUGGUACUGCCUUUCAUUUUAGCUGAUUUUAAUUUAACAAAAUCGUUGUUCAACAGCAUGUUUUUUUUUACUGUAAUACAGUAAAAAAGCAACUGUUAUGGUAAUGAGAAUCAUUGAAAACAAUAUCCAGACGUGUUACGGUAAUGAGGAUUGGGGAAGAUUUUCAGUGAAUAACGACUUCAAUUUAUGUCUGUUCGUCAACAAAGCUAUCGUAUUACUUCAGAAGAAUUGGAAGAUAUCGCACAAUUGAUACGAGCUGCUUUUAUGCUACUUUUAUGGUGCUUUUUUGUCCUUUUUGGUGUCACUUUCCAUUUUGGAGUCACUUGACACUUUCAUUGUAUGAAAAAGAGCAGCGCAAACAUUCUGCUAAACAUCUACUUUUGUGUUCCACAAAAAAAAAAAAAAAAAAAGCAGCAUACAGGUUUGCAAUGAUAUCAGGGUGGGUAAAUAAUGAAAGAACUGUCAUUUUAGGGUGAACUAUCCCUUUAAGACAUUCAGCCUAACGUUAGUUCUGUGUGCUUUAGCUGUUUGGAAGGUUUCAGUCAUUAACUCCUUAUCAAGGUGCUUGACGGAUCGCUCACAUCUUGGCUCUUGGUGUUUUUUGAACCGCUUGUAAUGACACAUAUGACUUUUCCUCUAGAUUCACAACUGUUGGAUCAAUAAAACGAGGAAAGAGCCGCGUGUUUCUGAGUUGAUGGCACUGUUGUUGCUGUUCAUUGCAACCUAAAACUUGUUUGUGUUCUAUAGAAGUGAAAUCAUUUGUAUACCGCACUUAAGAAAUGUAGAUUUCAGCUUUGUAAUGUUCUGUUCUUGUUUACUGUUGCCUUUUGAAUUCAACUUCUUCCCCCUUUUUACAUUUUAUUUCCCUUCUCAAUGUCAAUCUCAAUGUCACCAGAGUCGCAUUCAUAUGAGUGACUCUACAAGCUUAUUGGACUGCAGUUUAUCUCUGUAUCAACAUGUAAACAGUCAAAUAUGUCAAGCUAAAAUUAGCUGUGAGUUUAUUAUUAUUACGAUGGAUUUGAUUUGUCUAAAAAAAAAUAAAGAAAUGGUUUUGUUGUUUUUCUGUAUGGGGUGUAUUAAGAUAUCCUAGUUCUUUGUAUGGGAAAUAUAGAUACCGUGAAAGUCCAUUUAACUGUAAGUAUUUAUCAACUAAGUUAUUGUACUUUUGCAAUUUGUAGAUAAGUAAUAUAAUGUAUUGGUAUAUAAUGAUGAAAUUAACUGUAUCAGUCAGUCUGGGGCGUCCUUUAAUUUAUUGAUGUAUAUACUGUAUGUUUGUUGAUAUACAGCUUACUUUAUUUUGUAUAUGACCAAUAAAUACAUUUUGAAAAAGA